AAAAUAAAAACAUCUGAUUACAAAUUGAUUGUCAAGUAGACUGUGCAAAAUUAUUGAUGAUUUAACUUAAAAAGUAAGUAAUCUGGUUGCCUUAAAAUUUUGAGUUCAAUGAAAAUAAAAAAUAAAAUAAAAUAAAAAUUCUGUUAACACAACAAAAGAGUUUAAUUUAAUUAACAGAAGCUCCAAAUAGUUAUUAUCUGAAAAACAUUAAUUAUCUUAGCUUAUAGGUCAAAAGAAAACCAGUUGCAAUAUCAAAUCAUAGAAAUAAUUUUACGGUCUCAAAAUAUAAGUUCUUUCAGAAAUUAAAGGUAAGCACUACUCUCACCAAUGAUAUUUCAAUCGAUUGCUGUACAUUCCCUUCUUAAACAUGGUGCUUUGCAGAUAUCUUCAGCAAUGGGCAAUAGUCAGUUGUCUCUAAAAGAACAUGGCUACACUCUGGUGAAGGAAGAGGAGAAUAAGAUCCUGGUAAAAGAUGAAGCUGGUGAUCAGUUUGUCGUUAAAAAGUUGAGCACUAACCAGGACGAAUCAAUGUUCCUCCCAGAUCUCAAUCACCCACACAUCGUCCAGCACAAGGAAUUUAUCAAAGUUUCUGACUGUCUGUAUCUUGUACUGGAGCACUGUAAAGGUGGAGAUCUCGCUCAGAAAAUCAAAAACAAAAAGAAGGAAAAUGCUAUGUUUUCUGAAAAUGAGAUUCUGGACUGGAUUGUGAAGAUCUGCAUGGCUUUAAAGUAUCUGCAUGAUCAAAAGAUCCUGCAUAAAAACCUGCGACCCGAGAGUAUAUUCUUCACUACAUGUGGAACCAUCCGUCUUGGAGAGUUUGGAGUGGUCCAUCAACGAUCCACUAAAGGACAAACAGCUGAAGAUGUACCUUCUUCAUAUAUUGCACCUGAGAUUUUGAAUGACAAACCUUAUGGGGAAAAAACAGAAAUAUGGAGUCUUGGAUGUGUCAUCUACGAGUUGUGCAUGCUGAAAUGUGCGUUUCCUGCAAUACUCAAAGUUGAGAAUGUUAAAAAGAGACUUGCAUCCUCCCAUGAAGCUCUUCCUAAGACCUACUCUGAGGAUCUUUGUCAGCUGUUAGUAGACACACUUCAGCCCAAUCCGGCGAAACGCCCGUCUGUCAGCAAGAUCUUGACCAGACCUUUCAUCAUUAAAUAUCUUCUUGAAAAGAACAUGCAAACUAUUAAGACACUUUAUAGGACGCUAGGGGAACUGAGAGCCCUGGCUGAUGGUUUGGAAAGAGUCCAUUUCAACACAACUGUAGGCAGUCUCACAGGAGGUGUCGUAGGACUGGCUGGAGGAAUCGCAUCUGUAGUUGGACUUAUUCUCGCUCCGUUCACACUCGGAGCGUCUCUGGUAGUAACAGGGGUGGGAAUCGGUACGGCAGUAGCUGGAGGAGUAACAGCUGGUGCCAGCAACAUAACAAACGUGGUUAACCAUAAAACAAACCGGCAAAAGAUCAAAAUGCUCAUAAAAGAGUUCCAAGAAAAAAUCACCUCCACAGUUUGCUGCAUCCAAAACAUCCAAAUAGCUGUGGAAACUUUAGAAAGACAGUUUUCCACAAGUGAUCAGUCGUCUAUCAAUGCACAACCUGGGGCAAAUGCUGGAGCUCGACUUGGACGAGGACUGGGAGGCAUUCCGGAGCUUCUCCGUUUAAUUGAAGUCGUAAAUGUUGGGAAGGUUGCAGCUCAGGCUGCGAGAGCUGUUCGUGUGGCUGAAGCAGCUACUGGAGUUUUGACUGCUCUUUUUGUAGCUGUUGACAUCUUCUUUGUUUUUCUCGACUCCAGAGAAAUUCACAAGAUUCGCCAAGAUUAUGCUUUAAAGGAAAGGAAAGGAAAAUCAAAAUCUACCAGUAACCAAGGCACUGGGUCGACUAACCAGACGUCAAAUAACAGCGACACAACAAACCUGCUGCCUUCAAACACUCAACAAGCAGAAGAGCUGAAGUCUGAGACCAUGAAAUUUGUGACAAAAAUAAAGGAGACGACAGAUGAGCUUCAGAAGAUUCUGGAUACACUGCGAGAUGCACUGCAGCCAUUCUCUGAGCUGCCAAACAAUGACAACUAAACUUGUUAGGAAAGUUCUCCAGACAUAG